AUGAGCACUACAAAGCGCCACUCGGACCUCGAGCGAACGUUUGGAAAAGAGGCCGUCGCCACCAUUGCAUCCAGUCACGUGCUACUGGUUGGCGCUGGCGGAGUGGGCUGCGAAAUGCUCAAAAACCUGGUGCUUCUGGGCUUUGGCAAGAUCACCGUUCUUGAUCUGGACACCGUCGACCUCUCCAACCUCAACCGACAGUUUCUGUUUGGCCACGAACACAUCAAGCAGCCCAAGAGCGUGGUUGCCCGAGCCACCGCCCAGAAAUUCAACCCCCAUGUCGACAUCACUUCUCACUUGGCCAACAUCAUCACCGACCCCAAGUUCACCGUGUCGUGGUACAAGGGCUUCGACCUGGUGUACAAUGCUCUCGACAACCUGGAGGCUCGAAGACACGUGAACCGAAUGUGCCUAACGGCUAACGUGCCGCUGGUCGAGUCUGGAACCACGGGCUUUCUGGGCCAGACUCAGGUCAUUUUGGCGGGCAAGACUGAAUGUGUCGAUUGUGUGCCCAAGGAGACCCCCAAGUCGUUCCCCAUUUGCACUAUCCGAUCCACACCCUCACAGCCCGUCCACACCGUUGUCUGGGCUAAAUCGUUCUUGUUUGUACAGUUGUUCGGAAACGAUCUCGAUCUCGGAGAAAUGGACGAAUCAGAGGCCUCAAAGGAGGAGCUCAACACGCUCAAGAAAGAGACAGCAGAGCUGCUUGAGCUGAGAGACGUCAUCUCCAAGCCCGAGUUUGGCAAAAACGUCUUCUGCAAGAUCUUUGACGUCGAUAUCGCCCGACAGGCUGAACACAAUGUCGAUAACGGACGUCAAAAACCCGAUCCGCAGUCCUGGGACGAGCUGGAGAAACUGGCAAAGCAUCUCGACGGCGCACAUAUUGCAAAAUCACGUGCCCAAAACGUUUGGUCACGUGAAGAGGCCUUUGCCGUGUUUCUGGAUGCGACAAAACGGCUCCAGACGCGGUUCAACAACGGAGAAACGCUCGAGUUCGACAAGGACGACGAGGACACACUCGACUUUGUGGUUGCCGCAGCAACGCUGUUCGCCACUGUGCAUCACGUGACCACCAAGUCCAAGUUUGAUCUCAAGCAGAUUGCCGGCAACAUCAUCCCCGCCAUUGCGACCACCAACGCCAUGAUUGCCGCUCUGGCUGUACAGCAGGGUGUUUGGCAGCUGACUUCCCCCGAACGGGCGCGUGACUACUACAUUUCGCGUCGUGGAGGGGACCGGUUCUUCACCGUGACCAAGCCCGCUCCUCCUUCUUCUUCGUGUGUGACCAGUUCUGCUGCUCGAGUGGUGGUCAUGUGUGAUGUGGACAAGACAAAGCUGUCCGAUCUGGUCGAGUGGGUGUCCAAGUUCUUCCCCAAGGAGGAGCUUGCUGUGCUCAGCAGCCAGCUGAUUUAUGAUGUGGAUUUCGAUGACAACCUUGAGCGAACUCUGGCUGACCUGGGAGUCAAGGAACGGUCUUUUGUGACCAUCAUGGACGACUCCGAUGAUGACAUCAAGCUGCGUAAUCUGGAGAUUUACUUUGAGCCUCGAGAGAGCGCUGGAGAAGCUUCUUCCGAGAAAAUUUCUAACAUCACACCUAUCCCCACAGUUCCCACUUAUACUGUGGAGAAGCCUGAGGAGGACGACGACGAUGAUGACGAGCUGGAGGUGGCUGAUACUUCCAAGCGAGGCUUUUCUGAAAUUGAUAGUGUGGUUAUUCUUGAUGAGGAGCCCUCCAAGGUGGUCAAGGUUGAUGAGGGGACCGACGAGGUGAAGAAGGAUGUGCAGGUCGAGGAUGUGGAGGAGGUGGUGCUGUUGGAUUAG